AUGUCCCCCCCAAAUUCCAACCUUAUCGUUAUCGCACCCCAAAAUCCACCGACUCAAAACAGUCCGUAUUCGCUACUCAGAAGAAAAAGAAUGUCCACUGCGUUUUUCUAUGGAACUCUUACUCGUCCAGAGGUUCUCGGAAGAGUGAUUGCAAACUCGUUUGAGGUUCCUGCUCACGUGAAAGUCUCUCCAGCGACUCUACAUGAUCACGUGCGAUAUCACGUGAAGAACCGUGACUACCCUGGUGUGAUUGCCAAGUCUGGCGCUUCUGUUCAAGGCACUGUGGCCUUCAAUCUUUCGGAUUCAGAUGUGGCCAAACUCGAUGUUUUUGAGGGCGAAGAUUACAAGCGUGUUGUUGUCGAUGUUGAUGUCGAUGGAACGAAGGUUCCCGCCCACUUGUAUCUUUGGAUCGGAGGUGAAGAUCGGUUGGAUGACAAGGAGUGGGAUGUGAAUGUGUUUGUCAAGGAGAAGAUGGACAGUUGGCUCUAUGAGGAGCUCGGGGUCCAUGUCAAGACGAGGGAAUAA